AAAUUAAAAACAAUAGCAAACAAGAGUCACAGAACACUUGUUAACUGAAUUUACGAAGCCUAAAAGCAAAUUGAAAAACAGUUGAGAGUUGGGUGGCCAAGCAGAGGCGGUUCUUUCAACACUCUUUUCCCUUGUUUCCUCCGCCCCCAUUUUCUUUCUUAUACCCCUCAUUUUUCUUUCAUUUUCCUUCUCGCCAAACAGACCAAACACAGCAAUGGCCACGGCUUUCUCUGCUGCCAAGCUGAUUCAGCCUCUGCCACUCAAUUCCAGAUCUUACACUAACACUACGCCUCAAUCUUUGCCCCUCCUCGACCCUCUUAAACCCACAUCUUCUUCUUUUCUUGGAUCUACUACCAAGCUCCGGUUCAAUCAUUCUCUCCCCAAAUUUGCUCGUCAUGCCCGUCGAUCUGCUUCUGUUAAUGCUGUUUCUGAAGCUGUCAAGGUCAAAUCUUCCUCCAAUUUGUUGAUUACAAGAGAAGAAGGGUUGGUGCUAUAUGAGGAUAUGAUAUUAGGCAGAUCUUUUGAGGACAUGUGUGCCCAGAUGUACUAUAGGGGCAAAAUGUUUGGUUUUGUUCAUCUUUAUAAUGGCCAAGAGGCUGUCUCAACUGGGUUCAUUAAGCUUUUGAAAAAGGAGGAUUGUGUCGUCAGUACUUAUCGUGAUCACGUCCAUGCUUUGAGUAAGGGUGUUCCUGCUCGUGCUGUAAUGAGCGAGCUUUUCGGAAAGACUACUGGCUGCUGCCGCGGCCAAGGUGGAUCUAUGCAUAUGUUCUCCAAAGAGCACAAUGUGCUUGGUGGUUUUGCUUUUAUUGGCGAGGGAAUUCCUGUAGCGACGGGUGCUGCAUUUACCUCUAAGUAUAAGAGGGAGGUUUUGAAGGAGGAUUGCGAUGAAGUCACGUUGGCAUUUUUUGGAGAUGGAACUUGUAAUAACGGCCAGUUCUUUGAGUGUUUGAACAUGGCUGCAUUGUGGAAAUUGCCCAUUGUGUUUGUCGUCGAGAAUAACCUGUGGGCUAUUGGGAUGUCCCACUUGCGGUCAACUUCGGAUCCAGAGAUUUGGAAGAAGGGUCCUGCAUUUGGAAUGCCCGGUGUUCAUGUUGAUGGAAUGGAUGUUUUGAAGGUCAGAGAGGUCGCUACGGAGGCUGUUAUGAGGGCUAGAAGGGGAGAAGGACCAACAUUGGUGGAGUGUGAAACUUACAGGUUUAGAGGACACUCAUUGGCUGAUCCCGAUGAGCUUCGUGACCCUGCCGAGAAGGCUCACUAUGCUGCAAGAGAUCCCAUUGCAUCAUUAAAGAAAUACAUUAUUGAAAACAAUCUAGCUUCUGAAGCAGAGUUGAAAUCCAUCGAGAAGAAGAUAGAUGAAGAGAUUGAGGAAGCUGUUGAGUUUGCAGAUGAAAGCCCUCUUCCACCUCGGAGCCAACUGCUCGAGAACGUCUUUGCAGAUCCAAAAGGCUUUGGAAUUGGACCCGAUGGCCGCUACAGAUGUGAGGAUCCCAAAUUCACUCAAGGCACUGCUCAUGUCUAGCUUUCAUUUCCUGUUGGGACAUUCAUUUAACACUCACCGGUGGCUAUUAUUGGUGGGUGUUAUGAGUCUAUAAAAGUUAUUGCUAGCAGUCACUUGUUUUACUUAUAUAAUGGAUUGCUUCUCUUUUAUGUAAGCAGGUUAUGUUGUUUAGGUUUGGUCUUCUAUUUAAUUUUGGUUUUGUUCUCCUCUAAUUUAUCAUCUUUGUCCACUGCACUAGCGUUUGAAAUGAAAAACUCAAAUUGCUUA